AUGAUUUGGGUGUUACUUGUCAUACUCGGGUUGAGCAAUGUCACACAGCAGCAAAGUCUUGCAAACAGUUUAUUCGCCGAAGAAGGAAAGUCUCCAGGAUUUGUGACGAGGAUAAACAAAAAGGCUCUGAGCAUUGUUUCGGAUCAGUUGAAAGAUAGAGUUAUCAAAUUUAUGAAUUCAGAUGGCCUAGAAUUCAAUAUCAGUGCCCCACUUACUAAUCAAGUUCGCUUCACAUUACGGUCCUCCCGGAUAAUCUCCUUCGAUGAGCUCUUAUUCGACUCCUCCAUGUCGAUUGUUCCACAAAAAGGAAUUUCUUGGACAGGUACCAACAUCAAUGUGACCUUGUUGGCAAGCUUCAGCCUGCUAACAACACAAGGCGAAAUCACAGGAAAUGUUCCGUUGUCAUUCGACAAAACAAAUGUGGAACUUCUUCUCUGGACAGGAGUCAACGGAGACGGUCACUUGAAAACUGACUUGAUCACUUGCAAAGUGGCUGCAAACAAUUUACAGCUUCAAUUUAGCCAAGCUGAUUCUACACUGCUUGCUAAUUAUAUUCCACAUAUGCAAAAUUUCAUCAGACAGACUGUUGAGCAGGUUGUCUGCCCAUCCUUCCACGCUGAGCUCGUACCAGUGCUCUCCAACAGAAUCAUGAAUACUCCACUUAGUGCUUCCCUCUUUGAGCAGUACUUCAUCAAUUACGCCCUUCUAGGCCCUGUUGAAUUCUCCAAUCAAGCUAUCACGUUGAAGCAUAGAGGAAACUCAUUCGGAAUUUUGAGACAAGGAAGAACUCGCCUCAACGACUUCCGUCUUCCAUACCGUAGUCCACCACUUCAAGUUCCAACUGCCGAUUCGGGACAUAUGAUUGAUUUCUAUCUCUCCAACUAUACAUUGAGCUCACUGCUUUUCUGGAUGGAUCAAUAUCGCAAGUUUGAUUACGAGAUCAGUAGACAAGCCACAAACAAUUCCGCUUUGGUGGGAUAUUUGAAGACCGAUUGUGGAACUGGAGAUAUUUGUGCUGGAACUUUGUUUCCUGCUCUCGGAACUCGCUUCCCAGGAGGAGAAGUUGUUAUCAAGUCCCAUACCGUAUCAUAUCCUAGAGUUGUGCUUAAAAAGAACAACAUGACUAUCUACAUCGACAGUAGAGUGGACGCAUUCGUGCAGCAACAAGAUCGCAGUCGCCGCUUCCUUACCGCUUCGAUGAACGCCGAGGUGAAACUGGAUAAGCCUUCAUUCAAGGAUUUCGUCCUUCAUGGUGAACUGAGAAUCGACAAGUUCAAGGUUUCGGAUGUCGCCUCGUUGGUUGAUGGCAUUGAUGAGGGUUCACUGGAGUUCUUGGUGAAUGCAUUGACCGAGUUGAUUCUAAAUGAGGAUAUGGCUAAAAAGUUGAAGAGUGGAAUUCAGCUUCCAAUUAUGUUCGAUUAUACUCAACAAGCAGCAAAUGUUAGCUUUGAAGAUGACAUGGUGCACAUCUCCGCCGACUUCUGCGCCACCGACCGAUGCUCCACGACGGCCGACAAUAAGGACACAGACGUCGACUACUAUGACACAGUACAGGGUUAA